UACAAAUUAUUCGGAAGAAAGCCAAGAACCGAAGAAGAAGGAAGAAUUCAGAUAUAUAGGUUCGAAAUGUAAAAAGUUAUGUGGAGGUGGCUUAGCGGAUUGCCAAGAGCGAUACGCCAGCAUUUCCACGGGCCGAGAGCAUCGGCAACAGGAGUUUGCAGAGAAGAUGAAGCUGAAUUUGAGCAGCAGUGUAAAGAUUUGCGAAAGAAGAAAUGCAUAUUUGUCAAGGAUCAUUUAAGGAUAUGUACAUUCAGAUAUAAAGGAGAAGACAAAUACAAACAUGGACCAGACCAAGAUAAAUGGUACAAAAAUUAUAAUAAGGAUUUUCAUUCAUUCUUCAAUGGGAACCACAAUGCAUUGGAAGCUCUUGGCUGGGGUGCAGCUGUAGUACUUGGAAUCCAUUUAUCAAAAUGUCCAAUUCAACAACCAGAGAAACACAAACCAAGAAAGCCACCUGAUGGACAGAAACGAUGUAUGUUAUGGCAGGUGGCUCUGGCAAUACCAGACAAGGUUCGGCCACAGAGAAUUACGUCACAUUCUAUAGUUGAUUCUGAUGUUAGUGUAUCAAGCAGACCUUUGAUUGGUAGUUCUGUCAUCACUUUUGAUAGCCAGAAACAAGAAGGAGUGAAAGAAUUUACAACUGCCAGUAAUCUUUCCACUGAACACGAUGAAAAUGAGACCACAGAUCCUUUAUACAAAGUAAUGAAUGAAUUUGAGGACAUGUGUAAAAAGUAUGCAGGGAUAGGAAAGAACAUCCAGGGUCUCCAAGAAGCUACUAAAAGUCAGAUGAAAAAGGCUGCUAGUAACUGGAUAGAUGCCUCACAUCUUGGUUACACCAAAGCACAGUUCAAUAUAGGUCUAUGUUAUGAAACAGGGAAAGGCGUAAAACAGAAUCUCAGAAAAGCAGAGAAGUAUUACAAAUUAGCUGCAGAAGAUGGACACCAACAGGCCCUUUAUAACCUGGCAUUGCUGUACCUGAAGGGUGAAGGUUGUAUAGAAAAGAAUGUUAACUUAGCUAUAGAACUUUUACAGAAGGCUGCUGAAUAUGGUCUCGGUCAGGCACAGACCUAUCUUGGUGUAUAUUAUACAGAAGAAGAAACCCAGGACUUAGAAAAAGCUGUUUCAUUGUUCCAAGCUGCUGCAGACCAGAAUGACCCUGAAGCCCAGUAUUUUUUAGGAGUGUGUUAUGAAAAUGGAUGGGGAGUAGAGGUGAAUGAGUGCAAAAGUGCAGAACUGUAUUCACAAGCUGCUUCAAGUGGUCAUGAUGGUGCACUUUACAGCUUGGGAGUCUUCUAUGAACUAGCUAUAGGGGGAUUGCCAGAAGAUAAAGCUAGUGCUAUAGAACUGUUCAAAAAAGCUACCGACAGAGGGAAUGAGCAAGCUAGAGCACAUUUAGAAAAGAUCCAAGCUGAUGCAGACAGAAAAGAUUUACAUUUGUUAAAUAUAGAAGAAGAUGAAAACAAAAGAACUGUAAUAUACCUUAAUGAUGAAGAGACAGAAAUCCAAGAAGAGGAAGAGAAAAAGUCUAUAAAACUUAAUGUGUCUAUGUCAUCACCAUCACUCACAGAUUACAUCCGACAUCACCUCAAUUCAUUUUCAUUAGCCAGUGUCCAAGUGCCAUUCAAUUUCCAGGAUCCAUUAUCAUUGCUGAAUAAAUCCGUUCAUCAGAACCAUAUAUCAUCAAUAAUAAGUAGUGCUUCUAAAGGGGAGAUAACAGCAAACAGUGAAUUAUCUCCCUUGCUACCUGUAGAAUGGAACCCCCUUUAUGGGAGUCCCCGUAGAUCAGACGGUCAUGACAGAGUAUCAUUCAGCAUUGGUGCAGAUGAAGAUGAUUUAGAUAGAUUGUUAGAUUUAGAUGAUGACAGUCUAAAUGAACCCACUCAAAUUCAUCACUUUUGUUCCUUCAUUCAAAAGACUUCAACCAUGCCAAAUCUACAAAGUGUUUCAUGUAACUGACUUAAAUGGCAGUAGUGGUAACAUUGACAUGUAAUAUAGGAUGGCUUUGAGUUUUUAUGAACUCUUUGUAUUCGUAUUUUAAGAAUUGUAUAAAGAUAUUAAAUUGUGUUUUACAAAAGGAGGUUUAAAGUUUUGAUAGAUUCUAUACAUUACAUUAUUUGUUAUAUGUACUUUAAUUCAUACCUUUUUGAUAACAUGUAGUUUGAAAUUGAAUGAUAUUUUCCACUAAGAUAUUAGAAAAUAAUGUUAUUUACAUUAAUAAAAGACUGCUGUUAAUUGUUUGAAACUUUUCAAGAUUCAAUAGAAAAAAAAGAUAAUUCUGAUUUGUGACAUUGGUUGCAAUGAAAUACCAUUAUUUCUCAGUAAAAAACAUAAAAGAAAUCACUCAGACAUUAUACAUUGAUAAAAGCAUUAUCAAUGACAUUGCUGUCAGAGCAAAGUGUGAACACACAUGAAAAGAAGUAGUUCCUUGUAUUUCCUACUUGAUUUAAACUUAAAGCCAAUGUAAUAACAAAGAAUAACUUAUUCAAGAUUUAAAAUGUAGGAAAAUAUUCAGCUUGGGACCGUAAAACAGUGAAAAUUUUUUCAUGCAGCCACUCUGUGCAUUUGUGAAUAAAUGAGUUGAUAAUUUUUCUGUUUUUAAAUUCUUAGAUUAGCUAUUCUUUAACUGUGAUAAUUAACUUGAUAAUAUUUUCACAAUUUACAAUCUGUUUAUUGCAGUCUAUUAGGCACUUUAUUGAUAUUGACUAUAAAUUUUAAUGCAUAUAUUAUAGAUGACAGUAUUUUAUGGUUUUUAGCUUUGAUACAUCUUUUUAUUAAGGAAUAUUUACAGUUAUGAUAUAUAUUUUAAAGUUCUAUUUUUUCUUAAAUUAUAUAAGCAAGUUAUGACAUGGAUUUGGAAUUUUUUUUUUUUUUUGGUGCUUGUUCUUUGGUUACUAUGGUUCAGUCAUUUAAUGUUAUCAGGUUAUGCACACAAUGUUAUGCCUUAAUGGAGUUAGAACUUAUGUACUCAUUAUGUUUUGCUUGGUAAUGUCUGUUGAAAUUUAUGACAUUACUGAAAAAAAAUUCAAUUGUACACAUUUGUAUUCAUAUAAGUUUUACCAACAAAUUCAGUUGUUGACAAAACUAAAGGUGAAGACAAAUGUUUCCAAAGGGAAGACCACUUGCAAUGGCAAGAUUUUUCUUUUUUUUAAAACAUUACCAGGCCAUGUGCUUAUCAUAUUUAAGGUAAUGAAAAUAGAUUCCAAUGGAGAUGGAUUACAAUCUUUUAGUUUUACAAAUGAUAAUUCUACCUGUUUCUAUGGCACUGUCUCAUAAGGGCCAUCAUAUUUGAUUUACUUUUUAGAGGUCUUAUUUGUUUCAGUUAAAGACUUCCAUCCAUUAACAAGUUUUAAAUAUUUAUGUCUUUAUAUUUAAAUCAUGCAUACAAAUGUUAACGCAUCAACAUAUCACUCAAACAUAUGUUGUAAAACUAUAACUCAGCAUCUAUGUUUUUACUGUAUACAUGUAUACGUCAUAGUCAAGUUUUUAAGUUUUUAAAAUUGGUUGCAUUUAAAAAUAACACAAUUAUGAUUUCAGUCAUGUCAGUAGUCUGGCAAGACCAAAUUGACUCUAUAGGUUUAUUUGAUUAUUUCAGUAACUAUUUAAAAUUAAGUUCCCAUGAUCAUUGAAAUAAAUUUCAUUGCUGUACAGUUGAAUCAAUAUUUAAAACCCAUCAUACACAAUAGCUCUCCCCACCUGAAAAAAAAUAUAAUGAUAAUAAAGUGUUUAACCAAUUAAGUACAAUAAUUCAGUCAAUCAUGUUAUACUUUCUGAGCAAACAUUAUUUUAGAUAUGAUUAUAGUUUCCAUCAACUAUAGAGUUUAUUUGUUGAAACAAACAAUAUUUUGAACUGUCUUGUUAUAACUGUUUGUUAAUAUUUUGUUUUUUACUUGUUUUGCAGUGAAAUAUAAAAAACAAUAAAAUUGUAAAAAAAUAAUAA